AUGGGUAAAUUUCUGGCCACGAGAAAUGUUUUUGCUCUUUUUCUAACACUAGCUACCUGCAAUGAUUUCCUUCUAACUCAUGGGAGGCAGAUAAAGCCAUUGAACCAACAUUCAUCUCUAAACACAGACAGUGUUGUAACGAAGGAUAAUUCCCAGCCUCCCCUGCCACCACUUAAAACCAGGGUUAAUGUUCCUAUUCCAUCAUCAGAUAAUAAAGUUGACUCACCCAUGAUGCCAAAUUAUGAAGUAGCUAGUUUUGGAGAUUCAGGUGAAGCCUACACAAAUGCUUUCCAACCUACAACACCAGGAGUUAGUCCUGGUGUUGGCCACCGAAAUUUUAAAGGGGAAGGUAACAAUAUGAAAGUAAUGGUGGCAGUUGAGAGCCCAGAUGUUAAAGUUUCAGUGACUGAGGGAUCAAAAAAUGAUUUCCAACCUACAGACCCAGGUCACAGCCCUGGUGUUGGCCAUGCUCAGCAAAACAAAAUUGGAAAUCAUAAUUAG